UUAAUUCGUGGACCAUCACAAUUCACAGCUCUCCCUCCUCAUCCCAAUCUCUCCAUUUCUCAUCGCGCUUUCUUUCUCCUUUCCUUCCACGCUUCCUUCCAUCCUCCCAAUUUCUUUCUUUUGACUUACCCCAUUCACUUCCCCGUUCCUCUCAUCUUUCAUUCUUCCUCCGCGCAAUCCCAAUUCCCAUCAAUGGCGGAAGCUAACGGGGUGGAAACACAAGAAGGAACCCUUUCUGUGGCCGCUGCAUUUGCUGCACAUCAAGAAGUUGUACAGGAUAGAGACCACAAAUUCUUAACAGAAGCAGUUGGGGAAGCUUAUAAGGGAGUUGAUUGUGGAGAUGGAGGCCCAUUUGGUGCAGUUAUUGUUCGGAAUGAUGAGAUAGUCGUAAGCUGUCACAACAUGGUUCUAAAACACACUGAUCCGACUGCCCAUGCAGAGGUUACUGCCAUAAGAGAGGCCUGUAAGAAGCUCAAUCAGAUCGAGCUCGCGGACUGUGAAAUAUAUGCAUCCUGUGAGCCAUGCCCAAUGUGCUUUGGUGCUAUCCAUCUUUCAAGACUUAAGAGGUUGGUUUACGGAGCUAAGGCCGAAGCCGCCAUAGCAAUUGGUUUCGAUGAUUUCAUUGCGGACGCGUUGAGGGGCACUGCAUUUUAUCAGAAGGCUAACAUGGAGAUCAAGAAGGCUGACGGGAACGGCGCGGUGAUUGCUGAACAAGUAUUCGAGAAAACGAAGUCCAAAUUUCACAUGUAUUGAUUUCACGAUUAACCCCCCGUCGGUGAGACAUCCAAAGCCACUGAUUUAAGUCUCAUUUCUCUUCGUUAUUAUUACAAGACAUUACACAAAUUCAAGAAAAAAAAAAGAUUUCAAUGUUUCCUCAAUAAUGGAUUGUCAUUGAACAUCCAAAACAAUUCGUGUCGAGAAAUUAAAUUCCGAGCUCGUUUCCAUGA